AUGGCUCCCACUCUGCUGAGGUCGACUCCCCCACGGCUGUCCAUGCGGCCAUGGCUCCUCUUCGCCCUCGCCUCCUCGGCCUCGACUCCGUGCCCGCCGCCCCGGAUCUCGUGCCGCCGCGCCUCGUCCAGGGUCAAGCCCUCUUCCCAAUUGCAGAAGCGUGACGUGGCUGGCAGCUUCAUCUUCAGGCUCGCCGAGGACAGCCCAGACGGGUGGACUCAGGUUGCGCUGUUUCGCCGGAGCGCCAAGGUCCGGACGUAUCAGCACAAGUGGGCGCCCGUCUCGGGCACCGUCGAGGCCAGCGACGCCGACCCCCUCGCCACGGCCUGGCGCGAGCUUGCCGAAGAGACUGGCCUGACGCCCGACUCACUCCGCUUCCUCCGCCGCGGCAAGCCCUACUCGUAUUCCGACGCCUCCAUCGGACGCGAGUGGACCAUCAACCCCUUUGCCUUUAUCCUACAGCCCGGCGCCGCCAGCACCAUCCGCCUAGACUGGGAGCACGAGGCCUACGAUUGGUUCAACCCGGUCGACUUGUUGGCCAACCGCAGCUUCCAGGGUGUUCCGCACCUGACGGACAGCCUGCGCCGCGUCUGGUUCGAGCUCGAGCUGGGCCCCGGCGCCGCCGCUGCCGCCCUCGAGAGUGGCCUGCGCGACCUGCGAGGAGACGGCGACGCAACAACCCGCCGCACGCGCCGGGGUCCGCUUCUCAGGGCGCUCAAGGCCUUCCUCGACGUCCUCGCCGCGCUCGACGCCCCCUCGACGGACCGCUGGUGGCGCAACCUCCGGCUCGCAGCCUGGCAUCUCAGCUACAACGGGACGCAGCCGAUGGACCCGUCCGUCCUCAGCACCCUCGUCGAUUUGAUGACCUUUGUCGAGGCCAAGCUGCCAUCGGGGAAAACCAUACCUGCCAGUUUCGCCGACGACCUCUGCGCCAAAAUGCGCAGGUUUGCGCAAGACGCGUACCGCCUCGACGACGACGGCGUCGAGCAGGGAGCAGAGGAAGAGAAUGAGGACGACUGGGAGGAACGAGAAGUACAAGUAUCAGAGCAACAAACCCAAAAACAAGAAAAAGAACAGGAGACAGGACGAGAUCAAGAACAAGAACCGGAAACGGAAGAAAUAGAAGUAGAGAUUGGCCUAGAGCUGGAGGAGCUCUGGGACGACGUCGGCCAGACACGAGCAGAGAGGUUCUUCUCUGAUCUGUAA